UUUGACAGGUCAUAAGACAUUUGUCAGCUGACCUACCAAAAAUUUUCUUUCACUGAAAACGAAAUAGGAAAGCCUAAUCUGUGAAAAUAAAAUUCAAUAAAAAGAAAACUUUUCUGCAAAAUGUCCGGUAAAGAUAGACUUGCAAUUUUCCCAUCUCGUGGUGCUCAGAUGUUGAUGAAAUCACGUUUGGCUGGUGCACAGAAAGGCCAUGGACUUCUUAAAAAGAAAGCUGAUGCCCUCCAGAUGCGUUUUCGUAUGAUUUUGGGCAAAAUCAUUGAAACCAAAACUCUGAUGGGUGAAGUCAUGAAAGAAGCUGCAUUUUCUCUAGCAGAAGCCAAAUUCACCACUGGUGACUUCAAUCAAGUUGUUCUGCAAAAUGUCACCAAGGCACAAAUCAAGAUCCGCACAAAGAAGGACAACGUUGCUGGUGUUACGUUGCCCGUAUUCGAGUCCUACACGGACGGUGUGGAUACCUAUGAGUUGGCCGGUUUGGCUCGUGGUGGACAGCAGUUGGCCAGACUAAAGAAGAACUACCAAAGCGCUGUGAAACUCCUUGUAGAACUGGCGUCUCUGCAGACAUCAUUCGUAACCUUGGACGAGGUUAUCAAAAUCACCAACAGGAGAGUCAAUGCUAUCGAGCACGUUAUUAUUCCUCGAAUUGAACGUACUUUGGCGUACAUCAUCUCCGAAUUAGAUGAGUUGGAACGUGAGGAAUUCUAUCGUUUGAAGAAAAUCCAGGACAAGAAGAGGAUUUCUCGCAAAAAGGCCGAUGAAAGAAAGGCAGCUCUGCUGGAGGCUGGCGUCGAUGUUCGCCAUCAAGUCAACAUACUCGACGAAGGUGAUGACGAUGUCCUCUUCUAGACUGGUUAGCGUCUUUCUCGUUGACCCGACGUCCUUUCUUUGCUGUAUAAAAACAAACGAUACAAUAAUAAAUAAAUUAUCCAUACAAAAUAUAAUAUACUACGAUGGCAUUGUAAAUAAUUAAGAACAGCAGCAACCAACAACAGCAACAACUUUAAAGCAGUAUUUAACCUCUAACUUUUGAUCGUCGCAGUUUUUGUGUUCAUGUUUGAUUCAAAAGUUUUCUUUUAUUUUUUUUAUAUUGUUGUCCUUUGCGGUUUAUAAUUGUUGUUUUAUUUUUAAUUGAUUGUUAUUAAUUUUUCUUCUUAAAACAAAAUAUAAUGCUGCACCACAUAUUUAGAAAUUUAUAAAAUGUGUGUUUUUUUUUUAUUUUGAAUUUUGGAUAAAUCUCUGAAUUGAAUUACAAUGAAAUUAAUGUAAUAUUGUUAAAUAUACAUAUUCCAUAGUUGUUAGUAAAUGUUAAUCAACAAUUUAAUGAAAUGAAAAGAAAAACAAUAAAUAAAAUUACCUAUAAUUCGUUCUUAAAAGCA